CCCCGAGGGAGGCUGAGGCAGCCACCCCCAGACGUCUAUUCCUGUCUUUGGCCUAGCGCCGGGCUGGGGAAGCAACAGCUAUUUUGAGACCCUUCUCCCUCUAAGCGUGAGCGGUGGGAAGUCGCUGGGAACAUCCCGAACUAGGAGGCUGUCUGUCCGUCACAGACUUGCCCUGAAUGUUGGCCACCCCAGGCUCUGCCACUUUCUCCAGCUGAGGUGAGGGACCCCCUCUGAACACAGCCGUCACGCUGGGAUAACCAGAGGGGACAGAUUCCAGGGAACUUUUACUGGAGUUCGGAGCGCAGUGUGACGGGCCUCCUGGAGUAGCCGGGUGAGACCUGAAGGCCUCAGAGGUUACUCUGAGCUUACACGUGGGGAAGAUGCUCUCGUGAGUCAGGCGCCCUCUCAGGACCUAUAGAAGGAGCCUGAUCAUCUCCAAGAAGAAACUGAGACUCGGGGAAAGGAACCAGCAUCAUGUAUUGGAUCAUCGAUAAUUUCAGCAUUUCUUUUGCCAAAACGGCCACAUCACCUCAGAGGGCUCUUGCUUUAUUUCCUCAGCUGAGGGCCAGCUUUUGAGUGGAGAAUGGCAAACCCGAAGAGGAGGGAACCCAAGCUCCACUCACCCUGACCCACGCACAUCUGACCAUCUGACCUGGUUUUUCCAGACCCACGGUCCCAAUUCCCGUGACACUCUCGGGCUUUAAGUGCAAGGAUGUCCGCAAACGUUCACUGGACGACCCAAAGUACACACAGAACUUGAGCGCAAAAUCCCCAGCGCCUGCCUGAGGCGGGCGCAUGCGCUCUUACGCUCGCCGCGAGAGGCGGAGCGUGGAGAUUGACAGGGCUCUCGGCCUGUUGGAGCCUAGUCCCGCCCUCCUCCCGCAUCCGGCGCGGACGCCAUGGUGCGGUUCAAGCACAGGUACCUUCUGUGCGAGCUGGUGUCCGAGGACCCGCGCUGCCGCCUGAGCCUGGACGACCGCGUGCUGGGCGGGCUCGUCCGGGACACGAUCGCCCGGGUGCACGGGGCCUUCGGCGCCGCCGCCUGCUCCGUGGGCUUUGCAGUUAGAUACCUCAAUGCUUACACUGGAGUAGUGCUGCUUCGAUGCCGAAAGGAUUUCUACCAGCUCGUGUGGUCAGCUCUUCCUUUCAUCACGUGUUUGGAGAACAAAGGACACCGUUACUCGUGCUUCUUCAACACAUUACAUGUGGGAGGUACCAUUAGAACCUGUCAGAAGUUCCUGAUUCAGUACAACAGGAGACAGCUGUUGGUCUUGUUGCAGAACUACACCGAUGAAGGAGAGCGGGAAGCCAUUAAGAAGUCUGUCUCAAGAAGCUGUCUGCUGGACAGAGAGUCGGUUGAAGAGCUUUCGGACAGUGCUGGGGAGGAGGCUGCAGAGGCAAUGGAGUGACCAGGCUCACUGGUGGAACACAGUCACAGGAGGUGGCAGCAGCAGGCCACGGUUCUCCAGUGCAGUGACUGACAACCGGAGCACAGGUGACCAGCUUGAAGUUGAGGCCUCGCUGCCUUACCUUCCACCCAUGGUUGUAAAGGCUCUGCGCAGACAUUUUGUAGGUAGUUGCUUAGCUCCUGGGUGGAAUAAACACUCUUGGCUUCCAGGGCAA